CCGCGUCCGCGCGUCCGCCCGCCCGUCGCCGCCGCCAAAGCCCAACAGCAGCUGCAGCUCGAGCGACCGACCGAGACCCGGAGCAGGAGCCGCAGGAGGAGCAGGAGGGGGUGGUGGAGGAGGAGGAGGAGGGUUUUUUUUUUCUUUUUUGAGACUGAUUCCUUAGACAUGAAGGCACCUAAUAUGACAAACAUGACGUCAGGCUCUGGGGCGCAGGAAGUUAUCGUAUCCAAUGGGCAUACUGAAAGUGAGCCAAAUCCUUUUGCUGAGUACAUGUGGAUGGAACAUGAAGAAGAAUACAACCGACAGGUAGAAGAGGAAUUAUGGGAGGAAGAAUUCUUGGAGCGUUGUUUUCAGGAGAUGCUGGAUGAAGAGGACCAGGAAUGGUUCAUUCCAGAGCGGGAUUUGCCAGGCAUCAACCAGAUGCAACAACAAAUGAAUGGACUAUCCAUAAACGACAGCAGCAAGACAGAGGACCUUGUGAGUAAAAGUACUCUGAAUCCUGACGCCAAGGAAUUUGUUCCUGGAGUGAAGUACUGAAAUUUUGAGAGUCUUGUAGGCUGCCCUCUUCUGGAGGAAGCAAAAAAAAAAAUACAAUUUCUGAACACUGUGAAGCGAGUCACUUUUUAGGAUGGCCAAUUGGUUAUAGAUGCUAUUGGAUUACCCACCCUCUCCCUUUCCCCAUGCCGAAACUUGUUUAGAUCGAAUGCUCUUUUUUUUUUUAAGCUUCAUUGCAGAAAUAACUUGGUCCUUUCACAAUUUCUGAUAUGUGCAAGGGUUCGGCUGGUGUACAGUAUUCUAUUUGCCACGUAUCACAAUGAGUCUGCUACUUUAAAACAACUGGUUCUCGUGGUUUGACGGGAGGAGAACAAAACAAAUUGCCAGAGUCUUGUUCAGUUUAGAGACCUUUUGCAUGUCUUGAAAGAUGGGUUUAAAGUGACAGUGCCUCCCCUUUUUUUUAAAUACGUUAAGAAUUGGUGUCAGCAUAACAACAAAAGCACUUUGCCAAAAAAUAUAUAUUCUCUAAGAAUAACUACAAACUGCUGGAACCCAACUUGCACUGCUCUGGGUCUCUUACUGCCUGAUUAUAAAUGUCCCUUUCUUCUAAAUUACAAGAGCCUUAUAAAGGUGGGGUGGGGGGGGUUGUGGGAUGGAUAUAAAAAAAAGAACAGUAUUACCGCUACCAUUGCCGGUAGUUAGUUUUAUUGUCUGCAAGAUUAUCCUAAAAUAAUACUAGCAGUAAAGGGAAUGCUCUAGCGGCUAAAUGUGUUACAAUACAUAUUGUGAUAUUUUAUUUAGAAACUAUGCGUAUCUUUCUUGGGGCAUUAUUUUUGAAGUGCAGUCCAAAGUGGUUUUUUAAAAAAAAAUGAAUUUUGUUUAUCUGGAAUGGGGCUGUGGGGGGAAAUCCUUCAAAUAUGUAAAAAAGAAAAUUGGGUUGCACUUUUGAAAAUUGUAUAUUGGGUUUGGGGCUGUUUGGGUGGGAAUCAGGACAAAAGGUUGCUCAUUGGUAAAGAGUGCACAAAUGCUCAACCAAGAGCAUUUUUAACCAGCAAGCAUAGUGAUCCAGUUCAUUACAAAUUUCUCCAAUGGGUCAUUGUUUGUGUCUACUUUGAUGGUGAACAUGGCACUGCCGUUCCAGUCUUUCUCGUUUUCUCCCUCUCUCUCUUUCUCUUUCUCUCUCUCUCUCUCUCUCUCUCUCUCUCUCUCUCUCUCUCUCUCUCUCUCUCUCUCUCUCUCUCUCUCUCUCUCUCUCUCUCUCUCUCUCUUUCUCUCUCUCUCUCUCCCUCCCUCUCUCUCUCUCUCUCUCUCUCUCUCUCUCUCUCGCUUGUUCUCUUGCUCUCGUUGUCUCUUUCACUCUGUCCCUGGGAAGAUGAUGGUGCUCCUUUCAAGAGCUGCAUUUCUUUUUGUCAUUUGGUGUUAAUGCAAGUGGGUGCAAAUUUACUGGAAAAUAGAGUUUUAUUUUAAAGAAAAACAAUAAGGUACUUGGCCACUCUUCAGCUUAUGUCAGUGAGAAGUUAGCAAGUUUAAGGGUUGAAAGGUUUUUAAAAAGAUCAUGAAUAUAUUCUUUAUUGUAGUGGAGAUGUGCAUGUUCUAGACCUGAUAGUAUAAAGGUGGUUUGCAGGUACUCUAAUUUAAGUAGAGAUGCCAAUAUUUUUGUUACACAUUGUGUUUUGGUGGGAGGGAAUGGAAUAUAGCUUACACUUAGAAGCUUUUAUGAAAUUAAAUUAAUUCAAAAUCCCUGAUGAUCCUGCACAGGACAGAUUUAAUUAUGGUGGGGUGUGGGAAAUUUCAAAGCCUAAUUGUCCAUUUUUCUUUGUGAAAAUUCCACGUGUGGAAUGAUGGGCAAGCUUCGUGCUUUGGUUAUGACUUUUUUUCUGUGCUAAAUGAAAUUGGGUUCUAUGGUAUUAAGUUUUCAAUGAAAUGGGCAGCGAUUUUCUUGUGGAUCAGACCUCAUUUUUGCUAACUCUUUCCUUUGAUUUUCAAAUUUGAAGGUGCAGAAUUUCUUCCCAAGCCUUAUGUCGGCCGAUAUUAUUUCCCAUUUUUAAGCCAUUAUUCUUUAUAAUGUCAGUUUCCUGCCACACCAACUGUUAUCAGUUCUUGUUCCUGCAGUUGCUUAGUGAUAAGAAACACUCAGAUAUCUUGAGUGCAGUUGCCACAAGAAAUGGUUUGGCAAUUUGCGUGAUGCGUGCGGUCCUUUAUUCAUUCCCUUCACCCACUCACCCUGGUUCUGGAUUUACAGCAAAGGUUGAAGUUUCAGUAGAGCGCUUUAAUAAAUGAGGAAUCUUCAAAUUAUGUUGUUAUACAGCAUACCAGGUUGUGACAUAAUCCAUGUGACUUCCAGAUUGAACCGCGCUUCAGUGCUAUCUUUAACAUCAGCAAUGCCUUCUGCACAACAAAACCUUUGCUGAAACACUUUAUCCAAAAGUAUGUUAUUUCUACAAACUGGGUGGAUGGUUAUGGUAGCAUUUUGAGUCAUUAUGGCCCUUUAAGGUGGAAAUUAUAUUUGUCUCCCUGUGACAUGAUAUUUUAAACGUUUUCCCCUUGCAGUCCUGCCAAUCAAGGCCUGUUCUUUAAUGUUCAUCUUCUAGAGUUCAUUGUGCUUGUAGAAACACUCAUGCCAGUUCUAUUUUAGGCAUUGGUCAUUUAUAAUUAUAACCUCAGCACACUCACAUGCCAACAGCACUCACCGCUAAUCUAAGGCAGGGUGAAAUGCAGUUCCUCAAACUUUAUGGCCCGACUGAGGGAAAUUGCUUAUUAAUGCUGAAUAUUUGUGACUUUUGUACUGCGAUUUCCAGAAACCCAUUGCAGCGCACACAAAUUUACAACCUUUUUUUUCUGGACGUCAGUCCUAUCAAUCUGGAGGGUUGGCAGCUAUAUGAUUGGGUUAAAAAAAUAAUUUUGGUCUCUGCUGUGGCCCAGUGAAUAAAGGCAUUGCCCAGAGGCCCUGAAUUUGGUUAUUGGUGAUUGCCAAAUGAACAUAUCUCUACAGCAGGAGCAGCAGUGUUACUACCUCACUUGGCACCCUUGGACAAAGGAAGACAUCUUAUCAAGAUGCCACCUGGUUUCUUAUCUUGUCUGGUCUUGAUAGAAGCCUUCAUAUCUGAAGCUUGUUGUGUUCAGUUUUUCUUUACUGACUCCGGCAGUGUAGUUGUUAUUUUUUUAUUUGGUUGGUUAUCUUUUAUGGGUCAUAUUUGAAUUAAGUGUAGCUGAUACCAACAGAACAAUAUUUGAGAAUGAAUUGAAGAUUACAAUUUGAAUGACAUGGCAGGUUGCUUAGGAGAGGAAUGUAUGGCAUGGCAAUCUUCCUCAGUUGAAACAUCCACCCUGUCCUUUAUUAUUUUGUCCUUUUAAAAGCUAACCUUGAUUUAAAUGUGGUCGUUUUUUUGGAGCAGUUGAUUUUAGUUGGCAAUGACGUGUACCUGUUUUCAUCAAUUCUUAUUAUUUUAUUCAGCUUAUCCAUCUGCCAAAAGGGAGAAUAGUGAAUAGUGAAGCAUGCCCUGUUGUAGAUGCCUCCAAUGUUUUGUCAUAAUCAUACAUUUUCAGAGGGUAAUAAUUCAGCUAAUGCUUGAAUUUCGGUGAAUUAGGGAGUUACGGCUGCUUAAAUCAAAGCCAUCCAAAAAAAUGGGGUGCAGGUAACCUGUUUAAAGCAGCAACCAUCCUUUCUCUUAAAAGGCUCAGCCUGGUUAGUCUUGAGUAUAACUGGAAAACUGCCUAUCUCAAAUUUAGAUUUACCCUGGUGUAAUUCUAACUAGUAAUCAUCAGAUGGGAAUGUAGGUAUCUUUCAAUAAAAUUAGGUUCAAUUAUAAUGUUUAGAUUUGGUAACCAUUUUAAAAUAUUUUACAAAUAUUUCCAGCAGUCAACCAUGAAUAUUGUUAAUGCCCGUGCAAACUAACUAUAUGCAGUAUUUUUGAAUAUAUUAAAUCUGAUGGAAGUAUAUAUUGCUAUAUAUCUGCCAGCAUCUUUGGAGCAAUAAGAUAACUGCCCAAGAAAAUUCAGUUCUGUACCUCGUGUCACCUUCACUGAGUUUCUAACUUGAUUGUACCAACCAGAACCUUGUGAGAAUUGUGGAACUCAUGCUAUAUUGUAAUCGUGAGAUUUUACCCUCUUCCUUUUGUGCUGAUGUUUCGAAACCACAAGUAAACAAACAAGCUCUCCAGUCCUGGAACGUCCUGUCUUAUUCUGCAAUUGGCCUUGUACUUUGGAAAAAUUGGAGGUAAAACGGGAAUUUUUUUUGUCUUUCGGUCAAGGCAUUUUAAAAUUCAUGUUGAAAGUUAUCAAAGCUUUUAAUCAGGCAUAGCAACUUCAUGGUAACCUAUUUUAUGGAUAACACCUUUCCUUUCUCCUAUUCCGUGCAUACUUUACUAUUGACUUAUUUACUGCCUAGCAUCGAGAGCGGAGGGUGAGCGGGUGCUUUAGAACACCAGGUCGGCAUAUGACAGAGAGUUGAUGUUGUCACCCUAAGAUUACGAAUGCCAGUUUUUGCAGGAACAAAAACGGUUGAUAGCAGCUGUUCUACACUCCUCCAGUAUUCUGGCUGUUCCACGUGUUCAGGAUGUGCAUGCAAUAAUUCAGCAUUUCUCAUUCAUACCUUCAUACAGGGAUAUAACAAAGAAGGAAACUUGAGCACAAGACUGCUGGACUAGUGUAGAUGGUCUAAAAGGACUGGGACUCUGUACCUUUGGCCUCACAUUUCAAAAUUUGCUUUUUAACUGGAGGAAUUGGCACUGGUACUGGAAUUGUGGACCCUUCCCAUUUUCUGUUAGUUUAGGUCAUAAAUUAACCUUUGAAACCUAUUUGCUUGGGUCAGUGGGUACUUAGUACUAAGAUAUUUAAAGGAGGGGGUAUUUUGCUUUUCAUUCAUUCAAUGCCUGAGGACCACAUUUAGAAAACCUCUGCAUGUGGAAAUCGUUUCUGACAUUACAGCAGAAAACAUGCAUUAAAAAAAUGCUUUCUAGCAAUUUGGAAAGUCAUGGGGUUGUGAAAGACGCUAAAGAAGUGCAAGUUUUUUUCUCUUGUGAAAAGAUUACGUCAAUCAUGGCCAAAAAUAGGGGGGGGGGGGGGGAUUGAAAUAGCCUGUUAAGCAGUACGUUAAGCUUAUGAAACCAAAAUAUUUAAAUUUAAAAAGAAAACCUCAGUUGAACAUAGGAACAUAUUGUGUCUGAUUUACUUCGCUCAUUGGCUGUUUUUUUUUUUUUUUCAAAGAUCUAGCACCGACACUAUGCAUAAGAGGGCAGGGCAGUAUCCUGAUUCGUUUGCUUACAAAUCUCGUUUUGCUUGUGCUGAAGCUCAAAAUCAUCAAACUCAUUGCCCGUUACAAACCAGUUUGGCCGAUUACAAAUUUAGACGGCGUUUGGUGGGUUGGACCGUAAUUCCGUUGGCUGCGGCCAACACACGUUCAAGUGGAGUUCAGGUCAUUACUCCUGUCUCCUGGGCAUCUACCAAUGCCACUCCAUAACUGAUUUUCACAAGGUGAACUGCAGGACCUUGUAACUCAACUCUCCACCCUCCCCCCUCCCUCCUCCCCUUAAACCCCACUUCAAUGGGAUUUAUCUAGGAUCUAUUUUAGCAAGAAAUAACCUUCGUCCCUGCCCCAAAUAGCCUCUAAAUUGCCGCUGUGUAUACUUGGCCCAUGAAUUUCAGUUACACAGUAUCACUGUUGCUGUUUUGCUGGCUGGUAAAUAAUGGGUUGGGUCACUCCUGCGGUAAAGUCUGUUUAAACCACAGUUGCCAGUACAUUUCUGUAUUAAUACCAUUUCUGUAUUAAAAAUUGAGUUCUCAGCAUUUUGUCGAGACGAGGGUAUUAUCCGAAUGUGUUUGCGGAUGUAUCGCCUUUGUUUAUUGUUAAUUAUCUGACACAAGUGUGGAAUAAACUUUGUAAUUUACA